AAGAGGCUUCAUCUACCAAUCUACGACGGUCACCAGGGCCGAAUUCGUCCGAUUAGUGUUCCGCGGGCCGCUAGGCUUUGUCAGCAGGACCAUCAGCACCGCAACGAUCCCCACCUUAAGUACAAGUAAUGCGCCCUGCUGUGUCCUGCACGGGUUUGCUACCAGGCUGUUUGAUAAAUCAGGUCAAUCAUGCCUUCAUUAUCCUCCAUCCUCAUCGCUUUCCAAGCGAUUCCCCUGACUCUGUUCGGCGCCUCUAUACUCAUCUCCCCAGCCGAUGUCGGUUUCGAUAAUCUUUCGGCUGAACAAAGACAUGUAGUCGGAACAGUGGCAAUCUCCCUUAGCCUGGGAUAUGUAGUCACCGCUUUCCAAUCUCGACGAGCAAGGCACUGGUUCUUGCUCGCCGCGGCCCCGAUGAGACUCAUCGGAGCUUGGCUCUUUUUGCAGGACGACAGGAGCGGAACUGCGCUGUGGGAUGGCGGGAAUGCGCUUGUGAACUUCACCGUGGUGAGGUGGGAGAGGGUGGCAAGAGUGUAGGGCGUCAGGCAUGCGA